UUGACAGGCGGGCGGGUGCGCACUAGCGCAAGCGAGGAGCGCGCACUUGGCUCGCUCUCUUUUGCUCGGAACCAGAGCCUGCGUGGAUGUUGCAGAGAGGAAGGAGCGUCCGCGGACUUUAGCUGAGAAACCACGCAACUGGAACAUAAGAUUGAUUUUUGUCAUGGAGUAAAAGACUUUUUCUGAGUGGGAAUUGUGUGCGUUUUUUUCUUUUUUGGGGGGCAGAACAUUCCCUGCGGAAUAAUCCGAAGCAGCAGUACAGCAUUUUGCAGCAGAAGCCGACUACGAAGUUCCACGCAAAUGGAGUAAAGGCUGCUCGGUUCGCGGGACUUGCUCGGCUUGGAUGUGUUGGCGUCGGUGGAUGUAAUGCGCACAUUCUCCGCGGGACGCUGACCGGCCGAUGGGGGAAGCAUGGACACCUCUUCAGAACUCGAAGACGGGACUCGCCACAAGAACCAGACGUUCUGCGAGUGCGUGCCCGGCUCCUCGCAGCUCAAACAUCGCUGGUCCGACGCGGAAAGCGCCCGGGAGACGCCGGCCAAGCGGAUGAGCUGCAGCUACCUGCUGUGCACCAUCCUGCUCUUCGUGGCCGUCCUGCUGGCCGUGACGGUGACGGGCACCAUCCUCUUCAUGAACCACAACCAAGCGCCGCCCAUGUCGGACGGCCUGCCGCACAUCUCCACCAACCAGGACGAAGCCAACGCUCUGGUGACGGUGGAGCGCGGCGACGGCUCCCGCGUCAACAUCUUCAUCGACCCCAACUGCCCCGACUACAGCGGCAACUUCCUGCGGCUGGAGGGCGUGCAGACCUCGCUCUUGCACUCGCUCACCGACCACGACUCGGACCUCAAGUCGGUCAAGGGCCAAGACCGCGCGCUGCUCGUCAGCCUGGCCGAGGAGGUGGCCAAGCUGUCGGCGCACGCCGGGCAGCUCAAGAUGGACUACGAGGCGCUGCGCCGGGGCCAGGGAGGCCUGGGCCAGGACCUCAACACGCUGCAGUCGGAGCAAGCGCGCCUCAUACAGCUGCUGUCAGACAGCCAGGUGAACAUGGUGAAGGUGGUUAACUCUGUAAGCGACGCGCUCAACGCCAUGCAGAAGGAAAACGUAGGCCUGAAAGCACGCACCAAAGCCGACCUGCAGAGGGCGCCGGCGAGGGGCACCCGCUUCAAAGGCUGCGCUAACGGCUCGCGUCCUCGCGAUUGCAGCGACCUGUACGCUAGCGGCCAACGCGAGGACGGCAUCUAUUCGAUCUUCCCUAUUCACCAUCCCAGCGGCUUUCAGGUCUACUGCGACAUGACCACCGACGGAGGCGGCUGGACGGUGAUCCAGCGCAGGGAAGACGGCUCGGUCAGCUUCUUCCGAGCCUGGGAGUCCUACCGUGAGGGAUUUGGGAAAAUCACCGGGGAACACUGGCUCGGGCUGAAACAGAUCCACGCUCUGUCCAUCCAAAGCAACUACGAGCUGCGCAUCGACCUGGAGGACUUUGAGAACGGCACGGCGUACGCCCAGUACGGCACCUUUGGCGUGGGCCUCUUCUCGGUGGACCCGGACGACGACGGCUACCCGCUGACGGUGGGGGACUACUCUGGAAAUGCAGGCGACUCGCUCCUGAAGCACAACGGCAUGAAGUUCACCACCAAGGACCGUGACAACGACCACUCUGAGAACAACUGCGCCUCCUUCUACCACGGCGCCUGGUGGUACCGCAACUGCCACACGUCCAACCUGAACGGCCAGUACUUGCGCGGCCAGCACACGUCCUACGCCGACGGCAUCGAGUGGUCGGCCUGGACCGGCUGGCAGUACUCGCUCAAGUUCUCCGAGAUGAAGAUACGGCCCACCCGCGACCUGGACGGCAAAUGAGUCCAUUUUGUUUUUUUUGGUGUCUCUGCCCCUUUUAGUCUUUUUUUUGGGGGGGAAAAAAGAAAUCGGAUUUUGUUUUUCGUGGAACCAGCAAGGACCAAGCGGGAAGUAGAGGAGGAGACAAUGGAGAACAUCUUUCCUCCAACCCACGCCACGCAGAUGGCUACCUGAUGUUGUGUGCGUGCUCAUGUCGAUGUGCACGUUAGAACAUAAAAAAAAAAAUCAAUUCAGUCCGCUUUUGUUCUACCGACCUAAAUGUUUUCUUUCUUUUGUCCUUUACGUUUAUGCAAAUGAGACGAAAAGCACCGUAUAAAUAUAUAUAUAAAUAAUCUCUAUAUCUAUACAUACAAAAAAGAAUAAUGUUGCGGAGAAAGAGUGCAAUUAAAUUUGUACGUCAUCUUAUUUUCAUUGGAUUUCCACAAAGAAGCGCGGUGGGGGGAAAAUAGGCAACAGGAAUCAAGUUGUCAUCAAAAAACGGCUAAUCAUGCAUUACAGCUUCAGUUUUGUUUUUUUGUUUUUCUCCCCGCAAUAACACAAGACAAAAUUAAUGGUGUGCCAACAUUUUUAAAAAAUCAGCACAAAAUGUUUGCCGCAUUCUCUCCAUUGCAGAAUUAAAUUAUUUAUAAAAAAGUAUCGUAUAAGUGUUAAAUGUUCUGUCAGUAAGUUGUUUUAAUUGCAUAUAUAAUUUUUAAAUGAAUCGAAAAAUGUCUCAAAUAUUUAAAAAUCUUCAUUUUUAGAUGUUUGCAUUUUUCUUCAUUUUUAGGCAAAAGAAAAUGAUUUAACUCUCUUUGAUGGCAUCUUUAUUCUCACCAUAUAAUGCUACAUUUUCCCUCCAGUGUCGCCUUUUCCCUCCUUUGUCCCUUUUUUGGAUGUACUGAAAGCUUUAGAAAAAAAAAUGUAAAUUUGACUGUACAGCGUGUAUGACUUUUAGAGCAUGUCCGGUUUUUGUUACCAUGCUUAAAAAAGAGGAAAAAACCCCAGAACUGAGUACAUGCAAAAAAAAAAAAAAAAGAAAAUGCACACGGUGGAACAUUGCAACCAUCUCUGAGAGACUCUUCCUAGUGGCCAGCGGGAGUAUUACACACAGCGUGACGUUUGGCAGAACCUUGGCCCCCAAAAGCACAUGUCCACGUGCACACGAACGAACGAACGAACGAACGCUUGCACGCACACACGUCCCUUCUCCGCCGAUGUUCUUGAACGGGCGUGAGGAUGCGACAAACAAGCCGGAAAUAGCCGCUGACGGUCGGACCCAGUGCGGCCACGCAUGCAAAUGCACAUACACGCGUGUGGGCAUUGUGCGCACGUGGACAAAACAAAAGGAUGAGCAAGCGAGGGAGGAAGAAAGAAAGAGCGAGCGAGCGAGAGAGAGUAAGGGCGUGCGAGGCGAGUUCCACACGUACAAAAGGGUAUUUCAAAACAAUUAAAAAUUCCAAAUGUAAGGGCCCAAAUUUGUCAAUUUGCAAGUUGUCCUUUCGACCAAUCAGAGGCAGGAAGAAGAAAGGAAGGGAAAUGUUAGUUCAAUUAAAUAAUUUGAUGCAUAUUCUGUUUCAUAGAAAAUCGAAUUUUCCACAACUC